AUGAAGGACUGGUCAAAAACGAUUUGCAGGAAGCCCCUUCAAACACCUUCUUCAACAGACUUAGCCCUCUUCAUCUCCCCAGCCUUAAAGUUCAAGGGCGACAGGUUUCCUUGGCAGACUCGCAGACGCCCUACAACUCCCCAACAAACAAACAAAAAGCCAGCCCCGACCAGGGCGGGCGUGGGCUCGGCGGCGUCUGUGGCGGCGGCCGCCCGGGCCGCGGGUGACUCCGGCAGGCCGUGGCAGCCUGCCCUGCGCCCCGGCCCGCGCCCCCAAGGAGACGGCUGUUUUCCUUGGCCCGCGGCGGGGAUGGGUGGGGAGGCGUGCGGCCGCGGGUGGGACGCGGCGCCGCUCCCGCUCCGGCUCCCUGGCAUGCUUCGGAAGAGCCACGGCCCCGGCAACUCUCAGCUCCCGGCUACGGCCCCCCACCCCCGAGCCCGGCUCGCCCUCCCCGCCGGCCACCUGAAGCAGAGGGGAAAGCGACGACCCGCCGGACCCGGGCGCCCGCCGCUCGCCUUUGUGCCCCGGCCUCCCUCGCUGCACACACGCGGGCGCGGCCUCCGCGGGCCCGCGCUUCAGCCCCAGGCGGUGAGAGGAGCGGCCACGCAACGGAGAACGCGGGUUAAGGGUCGGCUCCCAGGCAGCGCCGCGACCUGCCCCGGCCAGCCUCGGGCUCUGGGCGCCGCGGGAGGGCGUGGGGCGGGGCGGCGGCCGCCGCACUCAAGCCUGGCCGGGCCGGCCGGGGCCCCACGCUCCCGCGCCCGCGAUCGCCGAGCGCGAGACUGGCCGGGCCGGCGGGCGCGCGAGCUGCUUCCCGGGGGCGGACUGCUCGCGCCUUCCUUCUGGAUCCACCUCCUUCUACCCCACCUCCUUCCCCUCCCCUCCCGGGGGACGCUCCGGGGCGAGGAGUUUUCGGUCUGCAGUCACCCGGCCCCGGGAGCCAAGCUACAGGAGGAAGACGGGCCGGGACAGGGGUGGUGCUCGCCAGGCCCCCUGCAACCUGGGUACCCGCUAGCUCUCUUGUCCCCGCACCCCGACGCUGGGCACACAACUCCGGCUGCUUCCCGAGCGCCGCUCCGGGAACGGGCACAUCCCAGCAGCUGUCUGCCGGACAGGUCUUGGGAGACCGCGGUCCCUUUUCUGCAGCGGGUGGGGCGAGAAGCUACGGGAUGUGGACCUUCCAGAUAAGGGAGUGUCCCUGCCCGCCACACUGCAAGGGCGGCUGAGCGAUUAGGCGCGGCUAGCGGAACCGAGCGGCGGUGGCUGGGCUUUCCCCACGCUCCCGUCACUGUAGUUAAGCCGCCAGCCCCGCGGCAGCCGCUCCACAGCCCACUCCCGGGCCUGGGCUCUGACCCGAACGGCCGGCUCCGCCCUGUUGCACCUCAUAACAUCUCCCGCUGCAAACCGUCCAAUCCGGUGACGCUACGACAGUAUGCGAACCAAUCAAGGGCUACCGCUCAAGCCUUCUACCCCGCCCCCUCAGCCUCCCCUUCCCACUCCAUUUCGGGAGGUGGCUCACCAGCUCUGAUCCCUAGAGGAGCCUCUAGCUCUGGGGAUGGUGCUUGGCACCUCUUCACCACCCCCACCACCCCACCCCCGUCCUCUCGCUGUCUUAUGCACAUCCCCCCUCCAGGUCUCUGCCCUGCUGAUGCUGUUGAGGGUCCUUUCGAUCCUCAUUGACAGCUUUUGUGUCUGAUCAACUGACACCACCAUCCUGAGAGAACAGAACAAAAACCAAGAUGCUGUGGAACGUGUUACCUUUUUCAUCUUUGCUACAAUUGCUUUCUAAAGGCUCCUCCCCCUUUCACACCCAUCGCCUAGGGUCCUGUUUCUUGUGGAGGUUUUCAAAAGAGCACUCAGGAGCUGAUAAAGAAGAACCUGAACCUUACUUUAUAGUUCCUUACAGUGAAAGAGGGCAGACAGAAUUUACAAUCAAAUCCAGACAGAAUUUACCACCAGAACCUGACAUUUAGAGGAGAGAAAUUUACUAGAUCAUUUUUUUUUUUGCAGUAGCCAUGAAAUAUGUAAGGUGUGACUGCCCCUAACCAAAUUAACCAAUAGCCAGGGUGAUAAAUAAUAAAUAAAUGAAAACAGAGCCUA